AUGGGGCCCGAAGAAUCUUAUCCACCGCCCUACCAAAACCCUGAAACCCACCCCUCAACAAUAACCAUCCCAUCACCCGCGUACAUCACGAUCGACCCAUUUGGCAGCGAAGAAGUCCACAAGCUCGACCACUUCCCACCCAAGUCCGACGACAACAUCGAAACGAGCUUCACCAACCCAGCCAAGUCCACCGCCACCGCCACCAUCUCAGAACCAGAACGUCUCCACCAGCCCACUGCAGCCCUACCCAAACCCAGCCUCUCAUUCAAGCCCAUCACCGCCUUCAAACGCGAACGCAAACGCAAACGCAACCCUUCCACCAGCAAUCCAUACGCAGGAACCCUAACCCGCAAACGUGAGCUCCUCCCCCUGCCAUAA